UAUGUGGCGGUGUGCACAUUAAGGCUGGUUUACUGACUUCUCAGUAACAUCAAAUAAGAAGCUAAUGUGCGUAGUUAGCAUUAGCAAGGCAUCUGUAAAUAAACAAUAUAACUAACACGGUAGGGGCAUGUCAGCUGAUACCAAGAUUGCCGAGCUGCUCACAGAGCUCCAUCAGCUCAUCAAACAGACCCAGGAGGAGAGGUCACGCAGUGAACACAAUCUGCUCAACAUUCAGAAAACACAUGAGAGGAUGCAGACGGAAAACAAAACUUCUCCAUACUACAGGACUAAGCUGAGGGGACUGUACACGACAGCCAAAGCAGAUGCUGAGGCAGAGUGUAGCAUCUUACGUCAUGCUCUUGACAAAAUUGCGGAGAUCAAGUCUUUGUUGGAGGAGAGGAGAAUAGCUGCUAAGAUGGCAGGGGUUUACAGCGACAGCGACCCUCCCAGGAAGACGAUGAGACGCGGCGUCCUAAUGACACUCCUCCAACAGUCAGCCAUGACACUUCCUCUGUGGAUUGGAAAGCCGGGAGAGAGCCCACCUCCCCUGUGUGGGGCAACGCCAGCCAGCAGCGACUAUGUGGCCAAACAGGGCGACAAAGUGGCAGCGAGGGUAAAAGCUGUGGAUGGAGAUGAGCAGUGGAUCCUGGCUGAGGUGGUCAGCUACAAUCACUCCACCAACAAGUACGAAGUGGACGACAUUGAUGAAGAGGGCAAAGAGCGACACACUCUGAGCAGGCGGCGGAUCAUUCCCUUGCCUCAGUGGAAAGCCAACCCAGAGACAGACCCAGAGGCCCUGUUCAGUAAGGACCAGCUGGUGCUUGCCCUCUACCCCCAGACCACCUGCUUUUACCGGGCUCUCAUCCACACCCCACCACACAGGGCAAAUGCAAGGCAUAAGGAUCUGAGUGACUUUGACAAGGGCCAAACUGUGAUGGUUGACGACUGUGUCAGAGCUCCUCCCAGACUGCAGGUCUUGUUUGGUGUUCCCAGUCUGCAGUACCUACCAACAGUGGUCUAAGGAAGGACAAACAGUGAACCACUCAUGGACACCUAAGGCUCACUGAGAUUGAUCUGCUGAUGAGGUUGAUCUACUGUGUGUUAAAUUUUUACAUUCCUUUUGUACUUUUCAAAAGAAUAAAAUUUGUUUGAAUCUUUGUUAAAAUGGGUGAAAAUGAGAAAUACCGUACAUUGGUCUCUAUGAAGACAAACAUUCAGCAACUAUAGCGGUGAUAUCACACGUAGAGUGGGGAGGCUGUUGAAUUUGUCUAAAAAAAAUCACUUCUAACUUGUCCUCAUGACCACAGUUUUCACUCCUUCAACAUAUGCUUAUCACUAAGUUUGUGCCCUUUCAAACCGUAUAAAUAUGAUAGCAGACAGAUUCACACAAACUGGUUUAUGAGCUGCAGAGUGACACGAGUGCCAACCAACUACUACAUGGAUUCCUCUGUACACAGUAUUAGGCAGGUGGUCAUAAUGUUAUGGCUGAUUGGUCGAAGCUGUUCCUGUUCAGGGGUGCAAAGUAUGGUAAGAGAGAAUGGAAAUUUAUACAAAUACCCCCAGUACCUGGUUUACCACCAUUGGAGCUGAUAUUUAAGGUCAGAGGAAAGCAGGUUUAAAAUUUGCAGUUAAGGUGUCAGCAUGGCGGCCAUUAGCCAUCUGAGACGUUUCCUUUAAGAGCACAUUUGAGGAGGGAGGGGCUGUUUAUGAAUCGCAUCUCUCAGCAGGGGAGAAUGUGAGCACUACAUAAUCAGCAUACAGCAGUUAUCAAUGGCUGGCAAAGUACACAGCAGCAAUAAUGUAAAUGAGGUGGUGUGCAUAAGGGUGAGCAGGACACUGGAAAUGUUCUUUAUUCCAACAAAUAACUUUAUCCAUAUUGCAAUGUAUAAAUACUUUCUUAACCUUAGUAAUUAUUAGUAUAAAAACAUUGUAGCCGAUUUAACUAGUGUGUCAUGUCAGUUGCAGAAAGGUCAGUGUGAAGUCAGUCAAUGUUUGGAAACACACCAGAACACUAUGAACAAGUCUCAGAUAUUACAGGCCUACCAUGGUACCAGGUAAUUAAAUAAACAAACCACACCUCGCCUGGAGCAGUUUGUGGAAAUGAAAGAUUCUGAAGCUUAUCUUAGACACAGUAAAAGCAGUUAACGUUUGAUUUAUUACUUCUGAAAUUAGAUAACACAUCCAAAUAGUCACUGUUGCAAAACUACAUUUUCCCUGUUGCUCUAAGUUCACAUGGCCAUUGUUUAUUUCCGGAAUAAUGUUUAUUAAGCUCAUUGUCGCCUCCUGCUGCACCUAACAGAUUACAGCACAUGUGGAGCUGUGCUAGUUGUCAACAGGUGUACAAGUCCUUACCUAGUUUAAAAGAUGCUAGACCUUAAAGUAGGACCUAAAAUGUGUCCAAUUUUUUCGUCCAGUUACGACUGAUCACUCAGAGAUAAAUACAGGCCCUGCACAGGUCUCGAUCUCUUGUUGUCUGUUUCUGUGAUGAAUGAUCAGAUGAUAAACCACCACUGAGGAGACAUGACCGUCCCUGUGACACAGCUCAGUCUGUGCUGAAUCCAUCUGUAGCCAGACCAAAUACCAAUACAUCCUAAAUACAAUUAAAGACCAUUCUUUUCGGAGUCCGGCAUUUGUCGGUGCUCAAAGCUUUUGAUCUAAAGCUGCUCCUUGCUAAAAAUAUUUAGGGAGACUGACUGCGGUACAGUCCACUGCAGCCUUUAACCUCAGCAUGUGUGUGU